AUGACAGUCACACUGUCCCUCUCAGCUCCCCCAGGAACAUCAAGAAUGGCCCCUGAGUCUUGCCAAGAGGCUGAAGAAGCUGAGAAAGAGGCUUCCUUAUCCCUGGUGGACCAAGAGCCAGUCAAUGGCCACCUGGAGCCUCCAGCUGGCACACCCCAAGAACCGGUGGCUCCCACAUGCCCACAGGACACCAAGCCCAGCUCUCCACGGGUGGUCUUCUCUGUCAACCUGCAGGAAGGAAGGGAGGGAGGGGUGGUCAGCCACUUGGGCCUGGUCAGCCAGAGGGCAGGGCCUGAUCGCUGGCAUUGCAGGUUGGCCCCUGAGUCCCUGGACCCUCAAACCCUGCGGCUGCUGUGGGGUCAACGGGAACUAGAGAUCCAGGCCCUGCGGUGGGCCAUCCAGAACCACCAGGAUGCCCGGCAUUGCCACGUCCUGCACGAGGUGGCUGGACUUCCAUCUGAGAGGAGCGCACGCAAUCAGGAAAAGUUCCUGCAGAACCAGGUCCAAAAGCUGACUCUGGAGUUGAAAGAACAGAAGAAACAGGCCCAGCUGGAGAAGUCCCAGCUGGAGGAACGUCUGCUGCAGACCAUGACCACGAUGCAGCAGCUGGAGGCUGAGCUGCAGGCCUUCCAGAAGUCCUGCCUCCUGCAGCUGGCCCGCUCCUCCUGGGUGGGUCGCAUACUACGAUCUUCCACCGGCAGUGUGGAGGUGGUAACUGCAGAAACCCUGAUGGACUUCAGUGACCUCUCUGAGAGUGAACAGGGCCCCUCCACCGGGGAGGGUUUCCGGCUGGAGGACGUGGACUGGAACAGCAUUGCCCAGCGGUAUCCCAACCUCUUCAUCAACAUCGAGUCCAGCUCAGACCAAAAGCAUCCACGACCCCUGCCACCCCCGCAGUCCCCACCGUUGGACGAGUGGGGCUCGGAGCUGCGCAGACAGCGCAUGGAACAGCGUCUCAAGAGUGUCGAGUGGAGUUCCCUGCCCUUCGUGGGCACUAGCAGCUCGGGGGGCGCGGACUCCGACUCCAGCAGUGGCCAGCCGGCUGAACAUUAUCGCAUGCAGAAGGUGACAGGACACCCACCCGGCACGUCAGGCUGCCAUUCUUCUGAGCUGACAGAGGCACGCUCGAGGAGCCUCAGGGAAAUGCAGACACAGCCUGAAGCCUCCAGGGUCCAGCCCUCCUGCUCUGGAUCUGACCCCGGGAGCUGUUCCUCUCCCAAGUGCACCCUCAGGGUGCUGCAGAAAGCCCACCGGGACCAGCCUGGCAAGACUGUCCUGAUGAGGGAGUCCUGUGCAGAUCCAGAGCACCCACAUUCUGCAUGCCAUUGGAGCCCAACGGGUUCCUGCCUGAAGAUCGUGGCUGUUAACGGCCGGGAGAGGUUUGUGCGCAUCCUCAACCAGUCGCUGGAGGAGACUGCGGACCUGGGUGGCCUGAGGCUGCAGCAGCACCUGCAUGACUUCCCCGUGUGCAUGUACCGCUUCCCGCCGGGCACGCUGCUGGCGCCAGGGCACCAUGUCACGGUUUGGGGCGAGGGGCCCCGCAGCACCAAGAAGCAGCUGCCCUCUUCCUUGGGCCAGGAGCCCGUGCACUUUCGCUCCAGCCGGGGAUGUGUGACUCUCCUCCUGAACCCCAAGGGCAAGGUCCUGAGCGAGCAUAAGGCCCCCCACUGCGUGUCCCCCAUCUCGAGGAUCUUCGCUGACAACACCGAUUUGUCCAUAGACCGCUUCCCCCUCUCAGAGGCCGGGCGUGGGGCUGACACCUGCGAGCAGAAGCCUGGGCCUCAACACUCCCACGCCGGCAGGGUGCGGGAAGCCCGGGCCAGACGUCGGAGGCCCGGGACACGGGUCCUCUUUCCCCGGCUGAGCACCAGCAAGAUCUUCCGCCCACGGGAGGUACCAGCGCAGUCCGAGGCCGCAGAGACCCUCGCGCCGGAGCUCCUGCCCUCCAUCCCCGAGGCUGGGCUGUGCCUCGAGGACUGCCUAGCUAGGAAGGAGCACAGGGUCCGGGUAUGCCGGAAGAGGGUGGACCGGAGCUGCCCGAUGGUGGUGCUGUCGGUGCAGAGUGCGGCUGAGAGCAGAUACGGCUUCCGCUUCCUCCCCUGCCCGCCGGUCACCACCGACUGGAAAGCGCGGUUGUAGGGGGUGGAGGGCAGCGUGGGGGUGGGCACCAGGGACCGUGGGGCCGCGCUGGAGGAGAGUCGUGGGAGGCAGGCAGUGCCGACUGCAUAAUUUAUUGAACCAACAUCGCCUACGAAGUAAACGGCAUUUAUGUACACGUGAGAGUCGAAAAGGAUUCGCUUGGUCUGGGGAUACCCUGCCCCAGGGGAAGGAAACUGGCUUCUCCAUUCCUGCGUGGGCGAGGACCUGCACAUAUCCGCCGGGAUGGGAGGCCUGGCUGCACCCUGGCAUCUGGAGGGCCUGCCAGAGAGCUGAUGGGGCUCUGCUCCAGCCACCUCGGCCUGGGCCCGGUAGAAGGAGUGGGCAGCUGGGCCAGUGCUGGGGUCCUGGGCUCUCUUAGCCUGGGAUCUUUCUUGUGCCUACCGCUGGCGAUCCCAGCCUCUGAAUCUCCUCCACCAAGAAGAGUCUCUCCUAUGUCAAGCCCAUUACCCACCCCCCAAUAAACCCCCCGAGAUGCUCUGGGUUCCAUGAAGCCAGAGUUCACAUGGGGCUCCCAUGACCACACUGGGGCUCCUUGGCCUGCAAUCCAGGCCAGCUUUGGCAG